ACAGCCAAGGCAGUUGCUUCAGCUGCCGAUGCUAGAUGACGGACGUUCUCGCCACCGCCUCUCCGUCCUGUGGCCAACAGAUGUCCAUGGAGCUGAAGCUCGUGCCGGCCGCCGGGGCUAGAAGCCAGCCGGUGCUGCAGCAGCAGCUGGGAAAAGGGUUCGUGCAGGGGAUCGUGACGUACACGGUCAUGGACGAUCUCAAGGUGGCGCCCAUGUCGUCCAUCUCCGGGAUCACCCUGCUCAACACCUUCGGCGUCACGGAUCUGAGCGCGCUCCAGGAGAAGACCGUGCAGCUCGGCUACAACGAGGGUUUGGAGAUACUGAAGGCGUCGCUGCAGUCCAAGACCGUCCUCACCGACGUCUUCCUUGCAAACAAGCCUCCCUGCAGUUAGAGUCCCAACCCAUUAUGGGCCUUGGAACUGACGAUUGGGACGUUGCUAGACUAGCUCUCUUUCUACAAUGCCCCCCACCUGCGGGCAUAUCACUUAACACGUACCACUCCUCAAAAAAAAAAAAAAACUUAACACGUACCAUCCAUCAUCAAUUAA